UUUCUAAGCUGGGACUAGCUUGCAAUGACAUAGGGAUCCACAGACGUACUAACGUAGUUUUUGAAUUUGUGACCUGGAUGAUGAUUUAGUGGUAUUUUACCAGCGACAAAUUAAAAUUAGUAGUUUUAACCUACAACAACAACAAGAAAUUGCAAAACUAGCUGACAAAUAUACAAACAAAUGAAAUCAAACAUUUGAUUUUAAGCAUUCUACAAUUAUUGUAUUUAUUUCAUUCGGAGAAAUUAUGAAGAAAAUUAGUUCCUGUGCUGGCAAGUGGAGUUAACACUGCAAAAACAUCACCUUCUAAGCAAAUGGCAUGUUGGGAUGCUCAGGCAAAUAUGCUGAAAGGAUUUAAUUAUGCUACAGAAAGGACAGAACCUAUGUCUGUAAAAUGUGAUAUUAAAAAUGAAAUGAAACCAGAUGUAUCAAUUGAAACAGACUGUAAAAGUGGCAUAAAUAUCUCAGAGAUUGCAAAAUCAAGCAUUGUGAAAAUUGAAAAUCAGGUUGGGGAAAUAUUUGAUUCUUUCAUUAUUGAUUAUGAAGAUGACAUGGAACAGAUGCCUACAACUGUUGAUCCAUUCUCCAAAUCCAUUGAAAUACAAACUGAGCAUGAAGAAAGUGUAGAACCAGUAGAAGAAGAUUUUAAAAAAGAAGAGCCAUUCUAUAUUGUUGAAGUAAAUUCAGAACACAUAGAAAGUGAAGACAUACCAGCAGGUCAUCCAGAAACGUCAGAACAGGAAGAUUUUACAAGAAUGCUUGAAGAAACUACUGAAGUACGACCGGAAAAUACUGAAAAUGAAUGUUCAGAAAUAAAACCUACAGCAGUACAAUUAAACAAUUCAAAGUCCAGGUCUCGAUCACAUCGAAAGUUUGAUUUGAAUUAUAAUAAUGAAUCUUUGAGUACUUCUUUUAGAGUGCAUUCAAAAGAGAAAAGAAGAACAGAACAAAGUUCUAUAUAUGUUGAAAAGUGUAAACAAGCUUCUAAUUCAAAAACAGAAAAAAAUCAGUCAGUGGUUCUGAAGAGAACAAUACGAAAAUCAAAAAAGGCAAGGACUAGAAGUAGUAAAACUGUUCUACGGAAGUAUAAGAAAGGAACAGGUAGAAGUCAAAAGGCUACAGCUUCACCCUUGAGUUCAACAGCCAGAAAAGACAUAUUGAGUGAUGUUUCAAACACCUCAUCAGCUGUCAGCACUCGCAAAUGUUUUGUAAGUUUAAGACCCUUGAAAGUUGAAGCCAAAGACAAGGAAAUGGCAGAGCCAAAAGUAAACUCCACAGGUGAUGCUGUUAAACCAGUACUGUCUAAUAUGGUAUCAACUAGAAGACGCUCAAAGUCUGUGGUUCCUAACAGUCCCUAUAAUGACACAAUUGAUCCAGGAAAUAAGAAAUCAGUAAACACAUCCGAUGAUGCUGUUGAACCAGUACUGUCUAAUAUGGUAUCAGCUAGAAGACGCUCAAGGUCUGUGGUUCCUAACAGUCGCUAUAAAGACAUGGUUGAUCCAGAAAAGAAAAAAUCAGACUAUGACAUUGAUGACAGUGAUGCUGACCCAGUCUAUAAACCAUCCAGUGAUGAUGAUGAUUCUGAUGAUGACAGAAAUGUAGCUAACAAUAGCACUAAGGAGGAUUUGGUAUCAGCAUCAGAACGAGACAGCAAUGAUAGUGCUAUUGAUCCACAGCUCUGUACAGACAAGUCAGUGACAAUUCUGUCUUCAAAAAAGAAUACAAAAGGCAAUCGUGAUAACAAAAAACAUGCUUGUUUCUUUUGUGGAAAACUGUUUCCAAAUAUUGCCAGACAUUUGACAAAGAAACAUUCAAAUGAGCACGAAGUCGCUAAGAUAUUGAUAUUGCCGAUAAAAAGUAAAGAGCGUAGAACUGCUUGGGAGGAACUUGUAAAUAAGGGAGACUAUUUCCACAAUUCCCAAGUCAUUGACAAAGGGCAUGGAACUGUUAUUCCAAAGUAUAGGUCUAAAAAGCAUGUUGAAGAUGUACGAAGUCUAAUACCAUGUCAGUCUUGCAGAGGGUUCUACAAGAAAAACGAUUUUUGGAAACAUCAAAAAAUCUGUAAUGUACAGAAACCUGUAGAUAUAAAAUUGAAACAGGUCAGCGCAGAAAAACUAUUUAUGCCACAUGAAAAUGCAACAAAGGAGCUGAAUGACAAUGUAAUAGUUGAAAUGAAGGACGAUGAAAUAAAGAGAACAGUUGAAUCAGAUAAUUUAAUUCUGCGUCUUGGUAACAUUUUGUAUCAUGAGAAAGGACAUGAAGUUAAUGACCACAUUUACAUCUCGGUUAAACUUAGAGAACUUGGUAGGCUCCUACUUUCAGCUAAAAAUAUGGACGCUGAUAUAAAAAGUAUUUUGGAUUUGAUGAAAGCAUCAAAAUGGGAUUUGCUUAUUUCAGCUGUUAAGAAUGUUUCUGAAUAUGAUGAAGAGGGUCGUCAAUUUGGUAUUCCAUCAUUGGCAAGAAAUCUUGGUCUAAGCCUGAAAAGGUGUGCUGAAAUUGAAUAUUCAUAUUCUACAAAAAAUGGGAACUUGGAAAAUCAAAAUUUAACUGAGACCUUUCUGGAAAUGUAUGAAUUAAAGUGGAAAAAGUGCAUAGGAUCAAUGGCUAACUCUACACUUGAAGAGAACAAGUGUAAUAAGUCACGGUUUCUGUCAUUAGUAGAAGAUGUUGUUAAGCUCAACAAUUAUUUAGAGGAAAAUGUGAUAAGGCUUUGUGUUCAAAUUGAAAAGAGCCCUCUAGAAUAUUAUGCGGACUUAGCGAAAGUUUGUAUUGCACAGAUAACUCUUUUUAAUAGAAACAGAAGUGAAGAUGCUCAAAGAAUUACGGUAAAAGGUUUUCUAGAUGCUAAAUCUGGAGGACUGCUGGAUGACACUACAAAAAAAUCAUUGACCGUGUUUGAGCAGACAUUGUGCAAGUCGCAUUUGAGGAUUGAAAUCAUGGGAAAGGAAGGAAACAAAGUACCAGUGCUGUUAACAACAAAAAUGGCUUCUUGUUUAAACAUACUUCUCAGAUACAGAGAGGCAGUAGGUAUCAAUGAUAAAACAUUCUUAUUUGCAAGGCCUUCCUGUACUGAGCACCCAUACAGAGGAUGUGAUGUUCUGAGGGAGUUUGCUAGUCACUGUAAUUUGAAAUGUCCCGAUUGUGUAAUGUCAACCAGUGUGAGAAGACAGCUGACUAUACUGGCUCAGAUACUUAGCCUCGGGGAAACUGAUCAGGAUAUAUUGAAAAUAUUCCAGGAACAUGAUAUCAGGGUUUACGACCAAUUUAACCAGUCAUCAGAGAGUGCAUUACAGGUGGCAAAGAUCUUCAAAGUACUCCAUUGCCUGAACACUGGCACUAUUAACAAGUACAAAGGAUGUGAUUUUGACAGCAUAGACAUAGAAGAUAAAGAAAUGUUGGCAAAUGAUGUUGAAACUAUUGAGUCAGAGUCGGAGGAUGAGCUUAGCACAGAAAAUUUGGAAGAAGAUGAUGAAAGUGAAAUUGACUUUGGUGAGACAGCAUCUGAGGAUGAACUUAUCACAGACUGUGACAUUGAUGAUAGUGAUGCAGACCCGGACUUCAAAAUAUCAAUGAGUGAUGUUGAUUCUGAUGAUGACACAGGAUUUACAGGCAACAGACCUAAUGAGGACAUGGUAUCAACAUCAGAAAGAGGCAAUAUAGAUAGAGCUAUUGAUCCACAGCUCUGUACAGACAAUUUAGUGACAGUUCAGUCUUCAGUAAAGAAUGCAAAAGGCAAUCUGAAUAACAAAAGACAUGCUUGUCUCUAUUGUAGAAAACUCAUGCCCAAUAUUGCCAGACAUUUGACAAACAAACAUUCAAAUGAGCAUGAAGUUGCUAUUAUAUUGAUGUUGCCAUUAAGAAGUAAAGAACGUAAAUCUGCUUGGCAGGAACUUGUAAACAAAGGGGACUUUUCUCACAAUUAUCAAGUCAUUGACAAAGGUCAUGGAACACUUAUUCCAAAGUAUAGAUCGAGGACUAACGUGGAUGAUAUACGAAGCCUAUUACCAUGCCAUUCUUGCAGAGGGUUCUACAAGAAAACAGAUUUGUGGAAACAUCAAAAAAUCUGUUGUGUACAGAAACCAACAUUUUUAAAUUCAAAACAUGUCAGAGCAGGAAAACUAUUAAUGCCACAUAAACAAGCAUCAAAGGAGCUCUUUGAAAAUGUAAUAGUUGAUAUGAAUGACGAUGAAGUAAAGCGGACAGUUGAAUCAGAUGAUUUUAUUUUGCAUCAUGGGAACAUUCUGUAUGAGGAAAAGGGACAUGAAGGUUACAUCUCUAGCAAACUUAGAGAACUUGGUAGGCUUCUACUUUCAGCUAAAAAAAUGGACACUGACAUAAAAAGUAUUUUGGAUUUGAUGAAAGCCUCAAAAUGGGAUUUGCUUAUUGCAGCUGUUAAGAAAGUUGCUGAAUACAAUGAAGAGAGUUGUCAAUUUGGUAUUCCAUCAUUGGUAAGAAAUCUUGGUCUAAGCCUGAAAAGGUGUGCUGAAAUUGAAUAUUCUGAUGCCACAAAAAACAGGAACUUUAAAAAACGUAAUUUGAUAGAAACAUUCCUGGAAACGUAUGAAUUAAAGUGGAAAAAAUGCAUAGGAUCGACAGCUAACUCAGCUCUGGAAGAGAAAAAGUGUAACAAGCUACAGCUUGUGCAGUUAGUAGAAGAUGUUAUUAAGCUCAACAAGCAUUUAGAGGAAAACGUGAAAUGGCUUUGUAUUCAAGUUGAAAAGAACCCAAUGGAAUAUUAUGCUGACUUUGCAAAAAUCUGUUUUGCACAGGUCAUUCUUUUCAAUAGAAAAAGAAGUGAUGCAGCUGAAAGAAUUACUGUGAAAGAUAUUUUAGCUGUUAAAUCUGGAGGACUAGUGGAUGACACUAUAAAAAAAUCAUUGACUUUGUUUGAACAGAAACUGUGCAAGUCACAUCCGAGAGUUGAAAUUAAAGGGGAAAAAGGAGCCAGAAUGCCAAUCCUGUUAACAGCAAAAAUGGCUUUUUGUUUAAAUAAGCUUCUCAAGUAUAGAGAUGCAGCAGGUGUAGAUGAUAAAACUUUCCUGUUUGCAAGGCCGGGCUCUGCUGAGCAUCCAGGACCAUACAGAGGAUGUGAUGUGCUGAGGGAGUUUGCCAGUGACUGUAAUUUGAAGCAUCCUGAAUGUAUAACAUCAACAAAAGCGAGAAAACAGCUUGCAACACUGACUCAAAUUCUUAACCUCGAGGAAAAUGAUGAAGAUGUCAUGGAAUCCUUCCAAGAACAUGGUAUUAUUGUUCACGGGCAGUUUAUCCAGUCACCAGAGAGUACAUUACAUGUGGCAAAGACCUUCAAAUUACUCAGUUGCCUUAACAAUGGAACAAUUAACAAGUACAAAGGGUGCGAUUUUGAUGACCUAGAUGUAGACCUUAAAGAAAUUUUGGAGGAGGAUGAUGAUGAAAGAGAUAUUGAAAGUGAUCAGUCAGAGUCAGAGGAUGAGCUUACCACAGAAACUGAACCAGCAAGAAAAAAACAGAGAGUAGAAAAUGGGAAAGCUAGAAGGAGCACCUCAACUAUGGAUGUAACAAAUAAAUCAGCUUCUAAGUCAGCCACGAAGCGGAGGAUUUUCUUUACAGAAGCUGAAAGACAGGCAGUGGAGGCAGGAUUCUUGAAAGAAAUCAGACUUGCAAAAGUGCCUGGAAAACCUGAUGUUGUAAACUUUGUUAAACAAAAUCCAACUUUUUCAAAGUACCCAUGGACUAAAAUUAAAUUUGCGGUACACAAUAUGAUAAAUGCCAGGAAGCGUAAAGAAAUGGACUUAGCAUAGGACUGAUGAUUUAGAAAUAGAUUUGGAACUUUCUGACCUGUUAUUACAGUAAUAAUAAAAAUCCUUCCUUUGUGUUCUAGAGAUGAGCUCAAACAUUACAUGCAUGACAGUGUGUAUUUGCAGUCUUGGAAAGCUGACUGAUUGAAGUGGUAUUUGUAAAGUCUGCCAGAACCUAUAUCUAGAAAUUCAUAGGAUUUUACAGUGAGUGUAUCUCGUGAAACAAUAUCAUAUCUGUAAAUAUUUUAGGAAUUAUAGUGCAACACUUGGUAAUACAGAAAAUAAAGACAAAUGCAGCUACAAGCUGUCAAAUAGAAAAGAUAGAGGAUUUUACAUGAACAUCUUUUCAAAUUGAAUAUAUUAAACAAGUUGAAUAAAAAAAAUGGUUGGCUUUGCCAAGCAUUUUAUCAAUUUUAUUCAAUAAGUUUAAUGAAUUCAAUGUGGAAAGUCACAGGUGUAAUAUUCCUUGAGCUUGAACAAUUUUCCCUUUAUGUAAACUAAUAUAUAAGAAACUUUAAGAAAAAAUUCUUUAUGAAACUACUAGCCUGAUUUCAACAUACUUCAGACAAAGGGUCCUUGAGUGACGUUCUACAAAGUUUGUUCAAAUUUUUCUAAUUUUCAAAAAACAUGGCCACAAGAGUGCAAGGUCACUUUUCUCUUUAUGAAUACAGUGGAAACUUUAAAAAAUCUUCUAAGCCUUUUUAAAAUGAUUUCACAGAAAUUGCUCUUGUGUGACCUUUACCAAGACUUCAAACUAAUAUGAUUUGUCAUUAAACAUGGCUGCUAGAGGGAAUAGUCAUUUAUAGCUCACCAGCGCACAAAGUGCUCAAGGUGAGCUAUUGUGGCAGUUCAUUGUCUGUCGUCCGUCAUCGGUCAACAUUUGCCUUGUGAACACUCUAGAGGCCACAUUUGUGACCCAGUUAUAUGAAACUUGGUCAGAAUGUAACCUUGAUGAUCUCUAGGUCAAGUUCGAACCUGGAUCAUGUGGGGUCAAAAACUAGGUCAGUAGGCCAGAUCAAAAGAAAAGCUUAUGAACACUUUAGAGACCACAGUUGAGAGUCAUACUUUAUGAACUUGGUCAGAAUGUUUUCUUGAUAACGUAUAUGUCAAUUUUGAAUCUUGGUCAUGUGGGGUCAAAACUAGGUCAUCUGGUCAAAUCAAAGGAAAAGCUUGUGAACACUCCACAGUUGUGACCCAAUCUUUAUGAAACUUGGUCAGAAUGUUUUCUUGAUGAUCUAUAGGUAAAUUUGAAACUGGGUCAUGUUGGGUCAAAAACUAGCUCAGUACGCCAGAUCAAAGGAAAAGCUUGUGAACACUCUAGAGGCCACAGUUGCGACCCAGUCUUUAUGAAACUUGGUCAGAAUGUUUAUCUUGAUGAUUUCUAUGUCAGGUUCCAAACCGGGUCCUACGGGGUCAAAAACUAGGUCAGUAGGCCAGAUCAAAGGAAAAGUUUGUGAAAACUAUAGGCCACAGUUGUGACUCGAUCUUUAUGAAACUUGGUCAGAAAGUUUGUCUUGAUAAUCUCUAGGUCAAGAUUGAAUCUGGGUCAUGUGGGGUCAAAAACCACUUCACAUGGUCAAAUCAAGUUUGUGAACACUUUAAAGGCAACAGUUGUGACUCAAUCUUUAUGAAACUUAAUCAGAAUGUUUGUCUUUAGAACUUCUAGGUUAAGUUUGAGACUGAGUUAUGUAGGGUCAAAAACUAGGUCACAUGGUCAAAUCAAAGGAAAAGCUUGUGAAUUUUCUAGAGGUAGCAGUUGUGACCCAAUCUUUAUGAAACUUGGUCAGAAUGUUUGUCUUGAUAAUCUCUAGGCGAAGGUCUAAAUUGGGUCAUGUGGGAUCAAAACCUAGGUCAGUAGGCCAGAUCAACACUGGUGGGCAAUAUAGGGCCAUCAUGGCCCUCAUGUUUUCUUUUCAAUUGUGUAUAUAUUAGAAACAUUAAAAAUGUUCUUGUCAGAAAUUACAGGCUGUUUAAAACAAUUUAAUACAAUUGUUUAUUUGAGUUUUAAGGUGUAUCAGGAAUUGACUGUCUACCGUUACUGUUCAAAUUAUUGCCCUUGGAUCAAAAGUGAACAUGCCCAUGUGUGUGACAUGUAUGUAAUAUAGGCCAACAUGAAAUGAACUUUGAAUAUCUCCUUUUAAACUGUUAAUUGCUAGAACCCUGAUAUUUAUAUAAAUGUCGCUCUUCACUUGUAACUUGAAGGCUUUUACACAUGCGUGCAUUUUAGGGUCUGACAGUAUCCCUCCUGUUAUUUUUGUUAAAAUCAGCUACAAAUAAAAUGCUAUUUCUGUACUGUAAAAAAUCCCAGACAAUCAUUUUUGCUUGCAACUUCUGACAUGUAAGACCCCAUGAAUAGGUUCUACACCUUAUUUACACCUAGUCGUUGGUCUGGACUGAGGACAGUUGUAUGUCUGUUGAUAUUUGUAUUUUAACCUUGAUAGUAUUGUAGCUGCAGUCAUGCUUUUGGCUUUACUAUGGAUUUCUGUAUUUAUGGUUGUUUGAAAAAUAAUUCAAGUUUAACUACACAUUUGAAUUGUUCUUUCCGAAGGGAAAUAAAUUUGUUAAAUUGGAA